UCGCUUGGCAGUCAGUUUACAGUGACCGUGUUUAAUUCAAAUUCUCAUCCACGCAGUACAGUCAUUCGAAUCCCGUUUUACGGCACUAAUGUGAGUGUCACGGGACCGAAAGGAGAGUCAGUUGACGUGCAGGUGAUCAAGACCUUCCGUGGCACUAGUCAACUGAAAAGUACUGAAACCGCUCCGUAUGAGCUGCUCUUGCCGGCUGAAAUCCCUGCAUUUGGAUUUGCCACUUAUUUUGUUGUUGGUAAAAGGUGA